AGGCGGCGCUUUUGCAUGCCGGAGCAAGGUUCAUAUCCUGCUUCAUUACCGGGGAAAACUGCUGCCUGCUUCUCACACCAUUAUAUUAGUGCGCUCAGCAGCAUGGACGGAACCAAAGGAGAGCACCGGCAAGCGGAGCAGGCGGCGUCUUUAUUCGGGACAUCCGAGCUAGAGAGCCAGAGGAUCAGCGCAGAGCAGAAAAAGAAGCGGAGUCACCUCUGUAAAAUCAUAACUGGGAUUGUGCUGCUGUGCCUACUGCUCAUCCUUUUGGCUGUGGUGAUUUCAGUGAGAAAUGGCGGUAGGAGCACAGGAGGGAGACUUUGGGAGAAAGAGGCAAAGGAGGUCCAGGAGCGACAGUGUCCACAUGAUUUUUCUAGGCCUCCUCUCCUCCUCGUGUCCUUGGACGGUUUCCGAGCAGAGUACCUGAAAGAUCAUGGGAGUCGGCUGCCCAUCAUCAACAAGCUGCGAAAGGAUGGAACAACAACACCUUACAUCAGGCCUGUUUAUCCCACAAAGACCUUCCCCAACCACUACAGCAUUGUGACUGGUCUUUAUCCCGAGUCCCAUGGGAUUGUAGACAACAAGAUGUACGAUGUGACCCGAAAUGCCUUUUUCAGCUUGAAAACGGAGGAGAAAUUCAACACAAAGUGGUACCAGGGAGAACCGGUAUGGAUCACUGCCAUGCAGCAGAAACUAAAAACAGCCACUUUCUUCUGGCCAGGUUCCGAUGUAGCUAUUAAUGGCUCCUUCCCAAAUUUCUACAAGAUGUAUGAUAAGAGCAUUACAUUUGAGAGCAGAUUGAAAACAUUGUUCGAGUGGCUCAGUUUGCCCAAGAAGGAAAGACCUGACUUUUAUACUCUGUACCUGGAUGAACCAGACAGUACAGGACAUAAGCAUGGCCCAAGAAGUCAACAGGUGCUUGAUGCCUUGGAGAAGGUUGACAACAUUCUGGGUGAGCUCAUGGAUGGACUUUAUACAAGAAACCUUCACCAGUGUGUCAACAUAAUGAUCGUAUCUGACCACGGAAUGGAGGAGGCUUCAUGUGAAAGGGCAGCUUAUGUGUCAAAUUAUCAACAAGACACAUCUGACUUUACCGUCAUCCAAGGUCCAGCAGCUCGCAUCCGACCAAAGCGCCUCCCAGAGGAUUACUUCUCUUUCGACUAUGAGGGCCUUGUGAAGAACCUGUCGUGCAGGGUCCAUGACCAGCCAAUGAGGCCGUACCUCAGAGAAAACCUCCCCAAAAGGAUGCACUUUGCCAACAACAAGCGCAUAGAGAGGGGUCACCUCUAUAUGAAGCAAGGCUGGCAGGCAGCACUUGAACAAAAGGACAUCAAGUAUUGCAUUGGUGGUUUCCACGGCUCAGACAAUCUCUUCACCAACAUGCAGGCCAUCUUCAUUGGUUAUGGUCCAGGAUUUAAAACACACUCAAUUGUGCCCCCCUUUGAAAACAUUGAAAUAUAUAAUCUCAUGUGUGACCUUCUUGGUAUUCUCCCGUCUCCGAACAAUGGGACCCAUGGCAGCCUGAACCAUGUCCUGAAGCAUCCCGUCUAUCAGCCUGUUCACCCAGCUCAGCUCUCUCAUGAAACCCCGUGUGAGGGCUCCAACCCUAAUCCCACAGACAACCUGCAUUGCCUGUGUUCAUCUCAGACCACUGAUGCAGAGAAGGAUAUGAACACCAAUAUUUUAUCAAUAAACUCAGGCACCAAGGCUAUCUUACGCCGCCUUCACCAUCCUUUCGGCAACCCUGGAGUCGUCCAGGCAGAUGCCAGCUUUUGUCUGCUGUACCACUCCGACUACCUGAGCGGAUACAGCAGAGACCGCCACAUGCCUCUCUGGGUGUCGUACAACCUCCAACCUCGGUCCAGAGUGCGAGACCCGAGUCCAGAGGGGUGUGUUCGAGCUGACGUACGCGUCUCGUCUUCCCCUGGCCAGCUGUGUCUCCUCUACAGAGAUGAGGCCGAUCUGUCCUAUGGCCUGCUGCACCCCCCCUAUCUGAAUGCCACUGGUCCAGAGACUGACUCGCUUAUCAGCAGCAACAUGGUCCCUAUGUUCCCUGCAUUUAAAAAGGUUUGGAACCAUUUCCACACUUCUGUGCUUUUGAAAUAUUCACAACAGCUGAACGGAGUCAACAUCAUCAGUGGGCCUAUAUUUGAUAAAGACUUUGAUGGACAUGUUGAUCCAGUCACUAGAAGCUCAGGUAAUGGAAGCACUGUCCCGACACAUUUCUUCUUGAUCAUGACCAGCUGUCACAACUCAAGCUUGAGUCCUGUUAACUGUGAGGGCCCACUUCAGGCCAUGUCCUUCAUCAUGCCUCACACACCUGACUACACAGAGUUCUGCGCUGAGGAGUCUGACUUGUCAUGGGUGGAGGAGUGGCUGAAAUUUCACGUCGCACGAGUCCGAGACAUUGAGCUCCUAACGGGACUCAGUUUCUACCACGAUAGGAUAUCAGUGGAAGAGACAAUCCAGCUCAAAACAUUUAUACACAAUUUUUAAACUCGGGCUAUGUCUAAAACACUUCCCAAAGACAGCCAGAUUGAUCUGCAGGCACCUAUCUUUUUGGAUGCACGGUAACUGGACUUUCUAGCUGCUUCAUUGAGACAUGAUGUCUAUUUUCAGACAAAAAUUGUUCUAACUUGAAGUGCCAUACAUUUUUUUAAGCCAUAUAAUCAUUUUAAGACCAAUCUUACUGUAAUUUAUGCGUGAAUCUAUGUAGUGGAUCUUGAUUUUAAUAACAAUUUUGGUGGUCUUUCCUCAGAUUUUUAGACAAAAAUUAGACAAACUUUUUUUCUGGAAGAUUUGUUGUCCCCUUAUUGGAUUAAAUGAACCAGAAACAUCGGUGUUUGUUGAAGAAACCAUGCCCUGCUUUAAGAGGACUAUCCAUCCAGGUUUUCUUCCUCCCUAAUUUUUCAAAUGUCGGUUUUUGUAUUUCUAUUUUUGACCAGGGUUGCUUUUAGUAUUUUGUACAUUUUUGAAAAUAAUUAUCCUGUUUUCAGUUUGUGUAUGUUGGUUAUUUCUAUGUACAGUAAACAUGUAUGGAUUAAUCACCCUGGCACAGCCACAUGCUCCAUCCACAGACAAAACUAUUGUGUCUUUAUUAUUAUUUUAUUUGGCAUUUCUGUCUGACAGUGGGUCCCUUGUUUCCCAAAGGAAAUAUUAUAUAGUCAUUUCCAGACUCAUAGUUAUAGUCAAUAAAUUAGAUCAUUACUGAAAAGUAUAUAUAUUUCAGUUGCUCAAUUCACUAAGUGAAACACACGCUUUUUUCCCUUAAUAAAUAAAGGUUCUUCUACAAGCAGACUGAAGUUGCUUGGAUCAAACCACCACCACUCUACCUCCUAAGCCAUACCCGACUCUCUUUCAUAUGUUUUUAUUUCAUUCCUCUGCUAUUAUUUUUUUUCAUCUAUUUCAGUGAUUUGCUGGGAUUUGUAUGUUGUGUUGUUUGGGACUCAAGUAGGCAGUCUGUGCCCAGAAGGUUUAUUAAUUAAUCCAUGCAUGAGUGUUCAAAUGUGUGUAUAUGUGGAUAUUAUUUUGGAAUCACCACAUUCUCUAAUUUGUAACCUUUUAAUUAUACAUUGACUUCCCAAAGGUGUCCUUGAUACAGUAUGUUUCUUUUCAGAAUUGUCAGAAAAGCAGCUAUAAAUAAAUAGAUUAUUUCAUAUAAAACCA